AUGAUUCCGCCAAGCCUUUCUCAUCUCUUAGCCGUUGGGGCAGGGAUUGGCACCUUGUUCGCCAAUCAUGUCUCUGCUCUUGAUACGACAACUGUAAAGACGGAUAACGGUGUUGUCAAAGGCUUUACUGACGAGUCUUUUCCCAAUGUGGCUCAAUUCCUCGGUAUACCUUAUGCCGAACCCCCGGUUGGAAAGAGAAGAUGGUCUCCUGCAGUUGCCAAAGGACGAUUCGGGACAUUGGACGCAUCCCAGCAAGGUCCAGCUUGUCCUCAAGCUGAACCAUCCAACAGUGGUCCAUGGCGUCCUGAGUUUCUGAUCAAGCCGAACAGUACAAGCGAAGACUGUUUGUAUCUUAAUGUUUGGACCCCGUUCAAAGCGAGAGGCGGCAAUAAGGAGAAGCUUCCGGUAUUGGUUUGGGUCCAUGGUGGAGGUUUCACUGGCGGCGGUGGUAACAUUGACUAUCAAGUGCCUCCACACUGGAUUACAAGAAGUCAGAAACACAUAGUCGUCAGUCUCAACUACCGUUUGGGAGUUUUCGGCUUUCCAAAUGCCGCUGGUCUUGGCUCAAAGGACCAAAACCUAGGGCUUCUAGAUCAGCGCCUCGCCAUUCAGUGGGUGCGAGAUAACAUCUCUCGUUUCGGUGGUGAUCCAAAGAGGAUCACUCUCUGGGGUCAAAGCGCUGGCGGUGCUUCGGUUGGAUACUAUCAGUAUGCGUACCCUGAGGAUCCGAUUGCGCAUGCAUACAUCCAGGACUCGGGAGGUGUCUUCAUACCCAUCAACAAUGCUGAUUCCUCACACUCCAACUUUACCUCUAUUGCGAAGGCGUUCAAGUGUGAUAAAGGCAAUCAAGUUGACUGCCUCCGCAAAGUACCAUUCAAGGAUAUCCAGAAGAAGGUGGAGAACACAGCGGGAGUAAGCUUUGUUCCUGUUGUCGAUGAGAGAACCAGGUUCUCCGACUACUCGAAGCGACUUCUGUCGUCCAAAAUCCCUAAGUUGCCAUCCAUCAUCGGUACAAACAGAGAUGAAUGGAACUUCGGUUCAGAACCAGCAGAGCCUCCAGUCAAACCACCACCCGAACAAGUCCACACAGACAGCACAUUCGGUUGUCCCGCGCACUUCGAAACAGCGCUGCGAUCCUCUACCAACGUCAAGACCUGGCGAUACAUGUACUCAUCAAACUUCACCAACAUCAUGCCCGGAGACGAGGGGGCUUUCCAUUCUGCUGAACUUCCUUUGAUCUUUGGAACUCAUGAUAUCGCGCGUAGUAAGUCUGGACCAUUUGAGUACAAGGUUAGUCAUGCUAUGCAGGAUUACUGGUUGGCGUUUAUUCAGGAUCCUUAUGCUGGGUUGACAAAGAAGGGAUGGCAGCCAACGGCACCUGGGGGAGCUGAUACAUUGCAGACGGGUGUGGAGUUUGGGUUCGAUAACAGGAUUGUUGCGAGGAACUAUGCGUUCAAGUCAUUUCAGAGUGGCAAUCUCGUCGUCCUUGGCGACGCCGAAAUCCGCGAUCUUCUCAUCAGUCUCUCCAAAGAUGAAGUCCUCAGCUUCAAGCGGGCUCUAGAACAAGUCCUCAUUGACUUCACUGUCGGUGGUGAAGGUAAAUACCAACCAACACCAGAUUUCGUCAAUCGACCAAACGGGCAAAAGACUCUUUUCCGUACAUUCACCUCUGCGGACCAUGUAGGAACCAAGAUCGUGGUUACACCAGCUCCCAUCAAGGAUGCAGAUGGCAACACGCUGAACCGUCCACUUGGAGGACUUUUGUCUUUGUGUGAUUCAGCGGGUGUGCCGACGGGUAUACUCAAUGCUGCUGAACCAACCGGUUAUCGCACCACGUUAUCCGCCUUGAUCCCGUGGACUUGGAGAAAGAAUACAGAGAACGUCGUCAUCUUUGGAGCAGGAAAGCAAGGGCUUUGGCAUACUCGUCUUGCAUUGGCUCUCAGAGGUUCUGAGAUCAAGAAGAUCACCAUCGUGAACCGGUCUGUGGGCCGGGCGAAGGAUAUGGUCAAGACAGUGACGGAGGAAAACCAAAAGUACUGGAAGUCUUCUGCUAGUCUGGAUGUUCUGGAUCCUGCUCAGUCUGAUUACGACCAAGCUUUAGCAUCUCUCUUAUCAUCAGCCGACGCGGUAUUCUGCACAGUUGGUUCAACAAGUCCCCUCUUCUCACUCAAGACCAUCCUAGGCGAUGGUACGCGAAGCAGACUGCCUUUCGUCGGCGCCAUAGGUUCAUGGCAAGCCGAUAUGAUCGAGCUUGAUCCAGAAAUGCUUCGCCAUGCUGCCUCUUGUGACGACUCGUACAGCCCUCAUGGUGCAGAGGGCAGUAUUCUUGUCGACGAUCUUGAAGAGGCAAUGGUCAAGUCGGGAGAAGUGAUACAGAGUGGUCUUAAAGGAGAGAGGUUACUUCAAGUUGGACAGAUACUGGAUUGGCUUGAUGACAAGUCUGAAAGGAAACCUGAAGGGGGUGUUGAGAAGCUCAAGACGUGGAUUAGUGAGGGCUUCGUGGUAUAUAAAGGCAUUGGCGUGAGUGUCACAGAUCUUGCAGCUGGAAACGCGAUCCUGGACCUUGCCAGGAAGAGAAAGGUUGGAACGGUUAUCUCUAACUUUUAG